CAACUGACUGAGUCGACUGUACGGGAUUUCUUUAUUCCUCCACCUUAAGUUUAACAGUGCUGCAACUUAUCAUAAAGAUGAACAAGAAACAAUAUUAAAUAAACUUCAAGUUUUAGUGAAUAAUGAAUUGGACUUUUAGAUGAAAUCUAAAAUAUGAUAUAUUAUAGUUUGUUCUGUAUACUCAUGAAAGUUUAAAUUUAGUUUGAAAAAUUAUGUUAUAUGUUCGCAUACGCAGGGAAACCGAUGAAAACCACACAGACAGAUAGGUAAAUAGAUAGAUAGAUAGAUAUUUAGGCAGGGAUGGUUUGGUCCCAGCCUGCCCAAUAGUAAGGUAGUGGAUGCAGAUACCUGGAGAGAGGAGAGAGAGGAGAACCUGACAGCUUCAGGUCUUUAGUUCGCUCCGGGUACCACCUAGAGUAGGCUCAGAGAAUGAACCAGAAUGGGAUUAUCUUCAUAACGUUGUUAGGUUUCGGAUUACUGGCUCCGGCCAGCUCAGAUCUUACUCCGGAGAAGUGGGAACCAAGGAACCUUGGAGAUCAAUCCUGGAGAACUAUCUCUAACAGGGUUGAGUUGAAGGAGAGUAUUGACUCCAAGGUUGGAUUUAUCUCCGUCCUGGUGGAUAACGGGACGGAAUAUCUUCAUCUAGGAGGAGAUAUAAACUCUUUUUUACCAAUAGUAUCCAACCCUGCAGAUUCUACUCCAACAUCAGAUCUAACCCUGGAGCAACUCAUCAAACUCAUCCUAGAAGAUCCAACCUCGGAUACAGGAUUACAUCUCAAAUUUGCAUCUAAAGAUGUCAUAUCAUCGUCCCUUGAUGUCCUUAAAUCCGUCCUGACGUCUCCAAAUCAGUCCUCAGCCAGACCUAUCCUCGUGGAGUCGACUGUACUAAUAUCUGAUCCUAGAUCAACGGAACCUAUUUCAGAUCCAACCUCGUUCAUUAAACAAGUUUCUCAGGCUCCCGGGUUGAUCCCUGUCCUGGGUUGGGGAACCUAUCAUGGGAUGGAUAAAGUCUGGAAUAAGCUGAAGGAAGAUGAUAUCCUGCUCCAGUUCCAGGCUAUCCGUAUCAUUCAGAUGGUUCAGGAUCUGUUCCUCUACCCGGAGAAGAUAAAGGAUCAAGAUGUCAGAUUUCUCGAUCUUCUGCUCAAACGUAAAGAGCGGAGUAACCCAACCUCGUUCACAGUUCUAGCUUUAGCACAACUCCUUGAUGCUAUCGAGUCUAACGGACACCAUGAGCUAGAGAAGGAUCCUUAUGUUCCCAGAAGAGCGUUUAGACCACCCAGAACUAAUCCUAUCCGUGAAAUUCUGCCCGACUACUAUCUCCAGUCCUCGGGAUACACCAAGGAGGACGUGGAAAAGAUGCUCUCCUUGACGGAGGGGAUCGACAGGGUUGGGUUUGCUCUUAGAGCAGGUUUGGUCCAGAAUACUGAAUCUGUUGAGCAGGUUUCAAGAUUACUCGUCGGGUAUCCGAACCGGUUUCUGAUUGUUUCCGCGAAACCUCUAGACAAGGACGGACGGGAGAGUAUCAAGGGUCUAUUAAACAAGGUUGGGACGGAUCGUGUACUGAUUGAGCUAUCGGAGCAGAACUCUGAAAUCAUGAGUAGAAUACCACAACCAAAGGAACCUCGGAGCAGUUCAAGCUCUUCAGUCAAAAUAAAUUCAUCAAUUAUAUUUCAUGUAUUCAAUAUUAUCAUAUUUUUUAGUUUGAAAAAUACAACUUAAUUUUAUUGUA